AUGAUUCGCAUAAAUUUUCUGACGAAUCUACAAAUAAGAAGUUGCAGGCGAUUUGUUACAAGUGCUUUUUUCCUGAAAACGAAGAUUUUAGACCAACCAUCGGAGAACGACAGAGAGUCGCCGCGAAUGAAGCAGUUUCAUGAAAAACUUAAAUUGCAGCCGAUACCAAAAGUGGGACCGCGGGAACGGUUCGUGGAUCUAGUAUUAGUGGAAACUGACCCGAGAACUGGAGAACUGAUAACAAAUAGCGAGAAAGAUCCUACUAAAUGGGGAGACUGGCAGCACGGUGGUAGAGUCAGCGAUUUUUGAAACGAGACACCGUACGUAUAUUUUUUUAUAGAAUGUCUGUAAGCAUAGCAUAUUUUUAAAAACCGGAAAGAAUCCUCACUCCUUGAAUUGCAAUGAUCAACUUGCCUUUGUAACUAUUUGUAGAAGAUAAAUUGAAUUAAAUUUGUUCGAUCAGCGCGAAGUAAAAUGACAUAAAUCAAGAUUGUUUCUUGAUGUGGAAAAAAAAUAUAUAACUGUUGGAUGUAUACGUAGGAAAGCACUUGUAUUAUAGAACGAAAAUUGUGGUGUCAGUGAGGUAAUAAAUUACAUUAUACAAAAA